AUGGAUCUGCUGGACAUUGUGAAGGUAUCACAAGUCACCAUGUCGACCUUGACACAUCCAGAAUGGAACCAGGAGACGGGCGGCCUCGAAGUCGCGAAAGCCUUCGCUGACCAGAUCCGAGGGAAGAGUGUACUCAUCACCGGUGUAUCACCCGAAAGCAUCGGUUCUUCCAUAGCCUUCUCCAUCGCUUCCCAAAACCCAAAGCUCGUCAUCCUCGCCUCGCGCACAAAGUCCAAACUAGAACAAGUACUCAAGAAUGUCAAAGAUGCCUAUCCAGACGUCGCUCUCAAAAUUGUUCUUCUCGAUUUGAUGUCCCAAGAAUCUGUUAGAACCGCAGCGAAGGAGGUCUCGCAGUUGACAGACCGCCUAGAUCUGAUCAUCAACAAUGCGGGUAUCAUGACACCGACGCGCCAAACGACCAAAGAGGGCAUCGAAGGGCAAUUCGGCGCGAACCACACCGGCCACUUUUUACUCACCAACCUGCUCAUGUCUCAGCUUUUGGCGUCGGUAUCGUCUUCGAAGGAUGGUGCGACACGCGUCAUCAACCUCACUUCUCUGGGCCACCGACUCAGCCCAGUGCGCUUUUCCGAUUACAACCUGGAGAAAAGCAAUGAGGAGGUGCCUGAGGCAGAAAGACAUGUGCCAUUACCCCCGGCGUUUUCUAAGACCGCAAGUGACGGGUAUAACGGGUAUGUCGCGUACGGACAGGCGAAGACGGCGAACAUCUUGUUCUCCGUAGGCAUCAAUGAGAAAUUUGGAGACAAGGGAGUGAAGAGUUAUGCCGUGCACCCUGGAUGUGAGUACCCGACUACGACAGGACUGAUUGGUCGUUCAUGA